AUGUUCCCGUACCCGUCCGGCGCGGGCCUGCACGUGGGCCACCCGGAGGGUUACACGGCCACCGACAUACUCUCGCGCUUCCGCCGCAAGCACGGCUACAACGUCCUGCACCCCAUGGGCUGGGACGCCUUCGGCCUGCCGGCCGAGCAGUACGCCCUGCAGACCGGCACCCACCCCGCAGUCACCACCGACCGCAACAUCGCCAUGUUCCGCACCCAGCUGCAGGCCCUGGGCUUCGCCUACGACUGGGAGAGGGAGGUCCGCACCACCGACCCGGCCUACUAUCGCUGGACACAGUGGAUCUUCUUGAAGUUGUGGGAAAAGGGGCUCGCCUAUCAGGAUGAUAAGCCCGUCAACUGGUGCCCGGCCUUGGGCACUGUGCUCGCGAACGAGGAGGUCAUCGACGGCCUCUCGGAGCGCGGCGGCCAUCCGGUCGAGAGGCGCCAGAUGAAGCAGUGGGUCCUCCGCAUUACGGCCUACGCCGACCGAUUGUUGGACGAUCUGCACCUGCUGGACUGGCCUGAGAGCGUCAAGGACAUGCAGCGCAACUGGAUCGGCAAAAGCGUCGGCGCGGAGCUGAGCUUUGACGUCGAGGGCGGCACGCGCUCCAUUGCGGUGUAUACCACCAGGCCGGAGACUGUUUGCGGCGUGUCGUAUGUCGUGAUCGCGCCGGAGUGGGACGGCGUGCUCCCGCUGUGUACGGAGGCGCAGCGGGAAGAGGUUGAGGCUUAUAUUAAGGCCGCCGCCAUGAAGAGCGACCGCGAGAGGACUGGGGAAGGCGCCGCUAGGGAGAAGACCGGCGUGUGGACGGGCGAGUAUGCCGUCAACCCAGUUAACGGCGAGCGAGUCCAGGUGUGGGUGGCGGAUUACGUGCUUGCCAGUUAUGGCACCGGCGCUGUGAUGUCCGUCCCGGCCCACGACGCGCGCGAUUUUGAGUUUGCCAAGACGUACAGAUUGCCGGUUAAGCAGGUUAUUGCGGGCGACGUGUCGGAGGCGGCACAUACGGGGGAUGGCGAGAUUGUGAAUUGGGGGAACGCUGGCGGGAUUAGCUUGGAUGGCAUGAUGGCGUCGAAGGGUAAGGAAAAGCUGAUGGAGCACUUGGAGAGGGAGGGUAUCGGGAAGAAGCGGGUGAAUUACAAGCUUAGGGACUGGCUGUUUUCGAGGCAGCGGUAUUGGGGAGAGCCGUUUCCGAUCAUUUUUGUUGACGGGGAGCCCAAGGCUGUGCCAGAGUCGGAGCUGCCGGUCACGCUGCCGGAAGUAGAUUCGUAUCAGCCGUCAGGAACAGGGGAGUCUCCGCUGGCGACGGUUGAGAGCUGGGUGAACACGACGGAUCCAGAGACAGGGGCACCGGCUCUUAGGGAGACCAACACAAUGCCGCAGUGGGCAGGCUCGUGCUGGUAUUACUUGCGUUUUAUUGACCCUGAUAAUGUUGGCAAGCCGAUCGAUCCGGAGCUGGAAAAGUAUUGGAUGCCGGUUGAUAUGUAUAUCGGAGGUGUGGAACAUGCGGUUUUGCACCUACUUUAUUCGCGGUUCUGGCACAAAGUUUUGUAUGAUGUUGGCGUUGUUUCGACGAAGGAGCCGUUUCAACGGCUCGUGAACCAGGGAAUGAUCCUCGGCGAAGUGGAAUAUACGGGCUUCAAGAACUCGGAAGGUGGAUGGGUUUCUGUGAAAGAUGUGGAUACUGCCGCGAAUGUUGUCUCAAAGACGGGUGAGCGAGUGACACCUAUGAAGGUAGACGCGGUUGACUUGGUCAAGAAGGGUGAGUUCAUGGCACUGAAGGAUGAUAACAAGAUUCGUGUUAUGUCAAGGGCUCACAAGAUGUCCAAGAGUCGCGGGAAUGUGGUGAACCCUGACGAGAUUAUCGAGAUGUACGGGGCUGAUGCGUUGCGGUGCUAUCUUAUGUACAUGGGGCCGUUGGAGCAGGUGAAGCCGUGGGGAACAAAGGGAGUGCAAGGGAUGUCGAGGUUUUUGGGGAGAGCGUGGCGGUUGGUGGUGGACCGAACUACUAACGAAUUGUGCGAUGCACUGACUGAUGGAAAGUCAAGCGCCGAACAGAACAAAGUUUUGCACCAGACGAUCAAGAAAGUGACUGAGGACGUGGAGGAGCUGCGAUUCAACACCGCAAUUGCUGGCUUGAUUGAAUACGUGAACGCUGCGACGAAGUGGAAAGUGCGGCCAAGAGAAAACGUGAAGCCGUUUUUGUCAAUGCUCAACGUAUUUGCGCCGCACCUGUCGGAGGAGUUGUGGAGUCGGAUAGGGGAAACGUCGGCACUAGCUAACGAGGCAUGGCCGGUUUACAAGGCGGAAUUUGACGUGGAGGACAACAAAAUGAUUGUGGUGCAGAUUAAUGGCAAAGUUCGAAGCAAGAUGGAAGUGCCUUGCUCUGCGACCAAGGAAGACAUACUGACGCGGGCACUGGACAUGGACAGCAUCCAAAAGUAUCUGUCCAGCGGGACUAUCAAGAAGCAAAUCUACGUCCCGGACAAGUUGGUGAAUCUUGUCGUGGUGGCGCAGUGA